UUGAACAGCUGAAUCCUGCUGAAUCCUCUCCACGCAACUUUCCUCCCUUUUGCCGCGCAUUAUUGCGCCGAUUGUCACGGGGGGAAGACGCGCGCGGGUCCCCAUUAAUUCACCUCCCGUUUGCCGAUAAAUAUUGAAUUAAAGUGACCGUUAACAAAUAUCGCGAAUCGGUUGUUUAUUGGAAAUAUCGUUUGUGCAUUUAUCGAGGAAAAUACGUCCUUCGAGCGCGGGAAUAUGUCGUUUUCAAAGGCAAAAAUUCAAAGAUUCAAUGAACUCACGAGUGAGGCACCACCUCCGGGAUCUUACGAUCCCAAGUUCGACUCUAAGGGAAAGGGUUUUGGGGUCGAAAAACCCGGACGAUUCAACGAUAAUCGAAGUGUUGCGAGCAGCGGAGCCGAUUGCAAUUCAGUUUCGAGCAAAGGAGUUGCUCCGUUAGUUUCUCCUAAAUUUCGCACUCCCCAACUGCUGAAGAAGAAGAUCCCCCGAGCGGUGCCAAGCAGUUGUCCAAAAGCUAAGACAAAGCUCAUCCUCAAUCCCAAAGACUUUAAGUAUGAUAAGAGGGAUGAGCUCGCUGAUCUCAAGGUCGAGUGUGCGAACAAAGAUAAAACGAUAAAAGAUCAUGAGAAAUGCAUCGAGGACAUGAAGGCAGAAGUCAAGAUAUUGGAGAAAUCACUGCUCGAUGUUCAGGCCAAGCAGAAGGAUGUUGAGGAUCAAUAUCAACAGGAUUUGGAGUCCAUGGCUCUUCUCCAUCAGGACAUAUUGGAUUCUCGCGACGAAAAGCACAGUUCGGAAUUAAUUUUCGUGAGAACUCAACUAUUGGAGGCCCUAGAGUCCAAACAAAAUGAACAUUCAGCUUGUAGAGAAGCGGAGAAAGCGUUGAAGUCCCAGAUAACCGAACUGUCAUUGAAAUUCGAAAUGCUUCAAGUGGAUUUGAAUAAAGAGAAGCAAAAAUCUCGAGCGUACGAUGAAUUGCUGGUGAAAUUCCAGACAUUGGAGAAGGGAAUGGAAUCCCGAGAGCGUGAAUUCAUAGAACAACUCAAUGAAAUGGAAAUUAAUAAAGAGAUUGUUGUCGCUGAGUUGACGGAUACUAUUAUGGAGAAUGAGAAGAAACUGAUUGAAGCGCGAGAAGAGCUGAAGCAGUUGAAAGUGACAACAGCAGCUCUCACCGAGGAGCUCCGCUCCUCAGGAACGUCCAACGAGCUCCUCCAACUGGAGUGUGAGCGCCUCCAAACAGAAGCCGAACUCUCCUCCAACAUCCAAACAACCCUAGAAGAUACCUUGGACAGUCGUCAGCAAUCGAUUCUAGAUCUUCACACCCAGUUGUCAGGCCUGCAAUGUGAAAUGGACGAGCUGAAGGCAGAGAACGAAAAGAUCCUGUCUGACUCCCAGCAGCAGAUCUCGGAGUUGAUGUCAAAUCACGAAAUUGAGAUAACCGAGUUGUCCUCGAAAUUCCUCUGCAAGAAGCACAGGUACGAGGCUGACAAGGAGACCGACAUCUCGAAGCAGCGAGAAUUGGAACGGAAAAAUCAGGAGUUACUGAUAAAAAAUCACGCCCUCAUCGACGAGAUAAGUGAAGUCCAGAAGAAAUACGAAGAGUUAAAGUUGUCCUACAGAGAAAUUGAAAACGAAUUGGACAAUGAGCGAGAGUUCUCCGAUAUUUUGGAAGGGAAUCAUCGAGAGGAGGUGCGAAAAUUGAAGGAGCAGAUUGACGAUACGAAGACUCAGAAGAAAUCCCCGAGGAAGUUCCCCAGAGAUUCUGAAAAUUUAACGGAAGAGCAACUGCUGCGUGAGGAGUUACUCGUUCGUGAGGAGAAGAUCACAACAUUAUCAACAGCUCUGGAAGACCUAAAAUUGGCAACAGCAACGCAGGACAGCUUCAGCCAGAGUCUCCAGGAGGAGUUAGAUCGAGCUGAGGGGGAGCUCGCCAGCAAGAAAAAAGAGCUGAAGGAUCUUAAGGAGCAGAUUCGCGAGGAGACAGCUGAGAUGGUGACGAGAAGACGAAGAUUCGAGGUCGUGAUGGCAGAGAAUCAAGCGACUGUUGCUGCAUUGUCCCAACGACUGGCUGAGAGCACCCAGGAACUGGAGAGAGUCCAGCAGGAGUUGAAAUCGUCGGAGGAAUUGAUAAUGGAGCAGAAUGAGUUGCUGCGUAAUAUGCGAAACAGUUCGAAAACAGUUAACGAUCAGCUGAUGUCGUUGAUUGAGAAAAACGACCUGAAGAAGCUGGAUGAACUGGAGGAGGCGAAUCUGUUGGAGAUUGAAAAUCUGAAGUCUCUGUUUGAAUGCAGAGUCGAUGAGCUGAAGAAUGUGUACCAGGGGGAAGUGAGGAUUCUCCAGGAGGAGUUGAGGAAGAAGGGGGAUCAGAAUGUGGAGUUGAGGAGGGAAAUGGAGAGAAUGGCAGCAAAGAUGGCGCCUAUUCAGGAGUCGUUGCUGCUGUUGGAGGAGCAGAAUGACAGUCACUCAAUCGAGAUUUCAGUGCUUCAGCUGUCGAAAGCUAAAGUUGACCAGGAACUGCAGCGACGCAUCGAGGAAUCUGCAGCUGUUGAGGUGAUGUUGGAGGGUGAGGUUCAGAAGUACAAGGAUAUCGCGAAAGCUGCUGAAGAUCGGGUGAAUGAGCUGGCCGGAGUGGUGAAGACAUUGCAGUCGAAACAGAUAAAGUAUGAGGGCUUGCAGAAGACGUUGGACCAGCAGGGGUCUCUGCUGAAGGAGGAAAUGGCGGCUAGGAGGAGUGCUGAGGAGGAAACUAGGACGUUGGCAGAGUCUUAUAAAAGUUUGAGGCAGGAUUAUCACGAUAUCAUGGACAAACAUGCGGAGGUCAUUGGACACUCGAGUCACAAGCAGAGGAUGAAGCAGGUGAAUCAUUUGAAGGAUAAGAUUGUGAGUUUGGAGAGGGAUUUGGAGGAGAGGAGGACUGUUGUUGAGCAACAGGCCAAAACUAUCGAGAGGUUUCAAGCUGAUGAGAGGAGACGAACAUUCACGAAGGGAAAAGAAAAUUUGGGGGCCAUUUCUAAGAGCCCAUUUGGCACUCCUGUCUCUUCACCACAUAAACCAUUGACUCCAUUGCGAGAACGCAACGAAUAAUUUUUUAUUUUCAUUUUGACGUUUAUGAAAUCGUAGGAUAUACAGUAUUUAAAUGGUGGCCCCAUGGAUUUUAUCUUUUUAAAUUUAUUAUUUAAUAUUUGAACGUUUUACAUUAACAUUUUGAUAUUUUCUUGUUAAAGGAAAGAGACACUCAUGAAUUUGUUACAUAUUUUGCGGAGGAAAUCAUUGAAUUUAAUUUAUAUUACCUAUUUUAUAAUUUUUGGAGUACAACAUCUACUGGAGAAAUUCAGUCUGCAGUCUGUUUUUUUACAAUAAAAAUUUUU